GGAUUUUACAGGAUCUCCGUAUCAUCUGCAAAAAUCACAAGGUGGUUAUAGGGGUUUACAGAUCAAGAUUUUUCAUAGGGUUGGUACUAAGUUUGAUUGCAGAAAUCUCGAAAUUCAAAUGAUCGGCUUCGAAAUCCCGAUAGAACGGCAUCCCGAAGUAACGAACCCGCAUGGAAUACCAAAAUUACGGGAUGCCGAUCAUUCGGGUUCGUUUGUUGGGCAUUUGAUUGUGAAUGCAACAUCACCUGUUAAAUUACGUAAUCCUUAA